AACAGAAGAGGUUGUUAGGAUGUCCGGUCGGGGCAAGACAGGUGGGAAGGCGAGAGCGAAGGCGAAAUCACGCUCUUCCAGAGCUGGGCUACAGUUCCCAGUGGGCCGUGUUCAUAGGCUCUUGCGGAAAGGGAACUAUGCGGAACGCAUUGGAGGCGGCGCUCCCGUUUACCUGGCUGCGGUCCUUGAGUACCUGAGCGCGGAGAUUUUGGAGCUGGCCGGCAACGCGGCGCGGGAUAACAAGAAAAGCCGGAUCAUCCCCCGGCACCUGCAGCUCGCUGUCCGCAACGAUGAAGAGCUGAAUAAGCUGUUGGGGGGCGUGACGAUAGCUCAGGGUGGGGUCCUGCCGAACAUCCAUGCUGUCUUGCUGCCGAAGAAGACGGAGGUUCUCCAUACCUCCAGCAGCAAGCCUGGGAUCGGUGGAAGCAAGUCCAAGGUACCCAAAGUGACGGUGAAGCCUACCUCGGCGCCAGUUGCUGUUCAGUGAGGAGUGAAGACAGAACAUCCCUGCCCCGGGGGAUAAUACUGAGACCCAAAGGCUCUUUUCAGAGCCACCCACGGGCGUCCUGGAAGAGCUGCUGCGCUACGCAGUUGUCCUAUACAGUACAGUACUGUAUUGGUAAAUACGUUUAUGGAUAGUUGAGCAGGCUUGUAAAAACCGGAUACUGGGGCAGGACAGCUGAGCUUGAAGUUAACAUGAAAUUUCUGAAAAUGUCCAACCAGAAGUUUAUUCUAGGAAUUCCAUAAGUGAAAACAUGUUUCUAGCAGCCUAAGAAUUGGUGAAAGCCUUAAAAGUACCACUUGACAUUGACUUGUUCAGUGAAAAUUGUCUUUCCUUAGCUGAAUAAAGUGAGCUGCCUGUUGCUCUGAUGUCAUUCAAAAGUAAAACCCACUUUCCAAUUGCAGUAUUUGGACCUACUUUUUUUUAUCAAGUACUCUGCUUUAUGUCUAGCGAAUUGAGUUAUUCCC